UUCACCAUGGCCACCCAGAGUGGAAACACUACUUUUGCGCCCAACUUCAAUCCACACCAAGACCAUGCCUCUUCCCUCCCUUUCAACUUCAGUUAUGGUGAUUACGACCUCCCUCUGGAUGAGGAUGAGGACUUGACCAAGACUCGGACCUUCUUCACAGCCAAGAUCGUCAUCGGUGUGGCACUGGCAGGCAUCAUGCUGGUUUGCGGCAUUGGUAACUUUGUCUUUAUUGCUGCUCUUGCCCGAUAUAAGAAGCUACGCAACCUCACCAAUCUGCUCAUUGCUAAUCUGGCCAUCUCUGACUUCCUGGUGGCCAUUGUCUGCUGCCCCUUUGAGAUGGACUACUAUGUGGUGCGCCAGCUCUCCUGGGAGCAUGGCCACGUGCUCUGCGCCUCUGUCAACUACCUGCGUACUGUGUCCCUCUACGUCUCCACCAAUGCUCUGCUGGCCAUCGCUAUCGACAGGUAUCUCGCUAUCGUUCACCCCUUGAAACCGCGGAUGAAGUAUCAAACGGCCUCUUUACUGAUCGCUUUGGUCUGGAUGGUGUCCAUUCUCGUGGCCAUCCCAUCUGCCUACUUUGCAACAGAAACGGUCCUCUUUAUCGUCAAAAACCAGGAAAAGAUCUUCUGUGGCCAGAUCUGGCCAGUGGACCAGCGGCUCUACUACAGGUCCUACUUCCUUUUCAUCUUCUGUAUCGAGUUCGUGGGCCCGGUGGUCGCCAUGACCCUGUGCUAUGCCAGGAUCUCCCAGGAACUCUGGUUCAAGGCCGUCCCUGGUUUCCAGACGGAGCAGAUCCGGAAGCGGCUGCGCUGCCGCCGGAAGACCGUCCUGGUGCUCAUGUGUAUCCUCACCGCCUACGUGCUGUGCUGGGCGCCCUUCUACGGCUUCACCAUCGUGCGUGACUUUUACCCUAAUGUGUUUGUUAAGGAGAAGCACUACCUCACGGCCUUCUACGUCGUCGAGUGCAUCGCUAUGAGCAACAGCAUGAUCAACACCGUGUGCUUCGUGACCGUCAAGAACAACACCAUGAAGUACUUCAAGAAGAUGAUGUGGCUCCACUGGCGCCCCUCCCACCACGGAAGCAAGUCCAGCGCCGAACUUGACCUCAAAACCAGCGGCAUGCCGGCCACGGAAGAGGUGGACUGUAUCAGGCUGAAGUGACCCUCUCGUGUUUCACAAUUGAAACCAAAAGCCAGUAGAGAAAAAUUUACCAAUUGCCAAGUUCACAGGCUGCAUGCGGCAAGGGCAAUUGUGUUCAUGCCUCUCUGCCCUCAAGUUGCUGGAUGCUUCUCAGUCAUAGCAUGCAACAAGACCAUACACAAACCUCAACCGCUGACCUUUACUGAUAUCUGCUCAGCACCUACUGUAUGCACAACCAAUAAGACUAGACAGAAGUAACAGGAACUGACAUUGAUUGAACAACUAACUGUAUGCUAGCCACACCAAGGAGAUUGGACAGGACAACAGGAGCUGACAUUUAUUGAUCACCUACUGU